AUGUUUUCUCCUGAUGUGAUCAACAAGGCACUUGGAAGAAGUGUUGCUGCAGUUGUUGAUGAAGAGUCAUCCUUGGAUGUAGUUGCCAAGGAACUCACUGCUGGGAAGGUUCAGAAAUGGCCCAAGAAGAAGCUUUUGUCCACUGGGAAUCUCAGUGUGAAGUAUGCAAUCCUUAACAGGAUUGGUACUGUGAAUUGGGUCCCUACCCAACAUACCUCUGCCAUCUCUGCCACUCUUGCCAGGUUAAUUUACAAGAUUGGUAAUAUGAUUUCUGUUGAUUUUGGUACUUUUGUGUUUGAGCAGACCUUGAAGCAUGCAGAGACAUGUACUGUGAAGUUGCCUAUCUCUUUUCCAUCUCUGAUCACAGAGAUCAUUAUGCAACAACAUCUCAAGAUUGGCAGGGAUGAUGAGGAGGCUAUGCCCAAAGGUGGUCCUAUCAGUUUGGACCAUCGUUUGCUUUAUGGGCCUCAUGUCGCAGACAUUGCUGUGCCAUCCAGCAGGACAUUUGCAUCUGCUCCUGUGAGCAAGGCUGGAAGAAGGGUUGUUAUUGAUGAAUUGCAGGCUGUGUCUAAGGCUCUUCAAGAGACUAUCACUACAAGCACUGCAAGGAAGGCCAAGGUGGAUGAGUUGUUGCUCAAGCUUCAAGAGGAAGAGGACCAAGAGGGUGAGACAAGUGCUACCCCUGCUGCUGCUGCAGAUACAAGCACUGAUGAAGAGGAAGGAUCUGAUGAGAAUGGAGAAGAAACUACGGAGGAAUCCAGUUCUGAUGAUUAA